AUGGCAGGCGAGGCGAUGCAGACCUUUCGCGUGGGUGCGCACGUGUGGGUGCCGGACCCUGAGCUCGCGUGGGAGGAGGGGUGCGUGGUGGAGGACCUGGGGGAAGGCAAACUGGCCGUGAAGAUCGAUAACCCCGGCAAGCCGGACCUAUGGGAGGUGCACGCAUCGCUGUGCUGCAUGCGAGAACCCGAGGGCCCGCUGCUGGACGACAUGGUUCGCCUCACGUGCCUGCACGAGCCUGGUGUGCUCUCCAACCUCUGCCGCCGCUACCGCGCCAACCUCAUCUACACGUACACAGGAUCUAUCUUGAUAGCGCUGAACCCGUUUGUGCGCAUACCCGGGCUGUACGACGCAGCAAUGAUGCGCCAGUACCACGGCGUGCCCCUCGGCCUGCUCUCACCACACGUCUUCGCCACUGCAGAGAACGCCUUCCGGGCCAUGAGGGAGGGGGGUCGCAGCCAGGCCAUUCUGAUAAGCGGGGAGAGCGGGGCCGGCAAGACAGAGACCACGAAGCUAAUCAUAGAGUACCUCGCCCGCGCUGCUGCUCACAGUGACCCUGCCUCGCUGCCCUCCCCCACCACCGUCCUACCCACUUCCUCCUCCUCCUCUCUCCCCUCCCUGCACAUCCACCCGCCUGGUUCGCCAUCUGCCUCGCCGUCCAUAGAGUCGCUCGUUCUCCAGGCCAAUCCACUUCUGGAGGCCUUUGGAAAUGCCAAGACUCUCAGGAACAACAACUCCAGCCGCUUUGGCAAGUUUAUAGAGCUGCAGUUUGGGCGCGGGGGCGGGCUGACGGGGGCAGCGGUGCGCACGUACCUGCUGGAGCGGUCACGAGUGGUGCACAUUGCAGACUGCGAGCGCAACUACCACAUCUUCUACCAGAUGUGCCAAGGGCUCUCAAAUGAGGAAGCAGCAGCCUUACAGUUGCCCCCGGACCCCAGCACACGAGCACACCACUUCCACUACCUCAACCAGAGCUCCUGCUUCCAUCUGCCUGGCCGUGCCUCUGAUGCUGACGAGUUCGCCGCCACCAUGGCAGCCAUGCGUGCUGUUGGCAUCACUGCACAGCAGCAGGACUCAAUUCUGAAAAUUCUGGCGGCCAUCCUCCAUAUAGGCAACUUCACGUUUGAGCAGAGGGACUCGGAUCUGGCAUUGGAAGUGCCUCACGCAGAGGCGCACCUGGGUGCCGCUGCCGACUUGCUCAGAGUGGACAAGGAAGCGAUGCGAGAGAGCAUCACAGUGGUGACCAGGCGGGUGGGUCCGGAAGUCAUUCGCAGCCCAGCGGACGACCGCACUGCCUGCUUGCGCCGCGACGCCCUCGCCAAGGCGCUCUACUCUCGCGUCUUCGACUGGUUGGUAGAGCGCAUCAACGAGUCGAUACAGCAGACAGGCGGGGUGGAGGAGGGCCGGUGCAUUGGCGUGCUCGACAUCUACGGCUUCGAACACUUUGAGACAAACAGCUUUGAGCAGCUGUGCAUCAAUCUGGCCAAUGAGAAGCUGCAGCAACACUUCAACCAGCAUGUGUUGAGGGAGGAGCAGCAGGUGUAUGAGCGUGAGGGCAUCAAGUGGGACUUCAUUGACUUCGACGACAACAGCGACGUGCUUGACGCCAUUGAAGGGGACAAGGGCAUCAUCUCAAUGCUCGACUCUGCCUGCAAGCUGGCGCACAUGACGCCGGCCAGCCUGGCUCAGACGCUGCGGCAGUCGCUGGAGGGCAGCAAGCGCUUCACCAUGCCGCGUGGCUCUGCUGCCACCGACUUCACUCUCUCGCACUACGCAGGCAAGGUGCGCUACUCCCUGCUUGAGUUCAUGGCCAAGAACACAGACGUCACCAUCCCAGAGCAGCAGCAGCUGCUAGAGCAAUCAUCAGACGACCUUCUCGCCGCCCUCUUCUCCCCACCUCCCGCCAACCCUCCCACCACCCCCACCUCCCCCUUCCUUCCCACGCCGGGUAGCCCCCUUCCCACUACUCCCGGCAAACCCCCCUUCCCUGGCGCCUACUCCUACAUAAACGCCGCCGUUGCUGCCAAGGCUGCUGCUGGCGACGCUGGCAACGCCCCUCCCAGCCCCGCGUCUUCCCUUUCAAGCCCGUUCGGUCAGCGCCUCAACGCCUUCAGAAGCCCCUCUGCCAGUGCUGAUGCGGGCGGCCCGGGCGGCGUGGGGCGGCGGCUGCUUGGAGGGCCUCAGAGCCCCCUGGGGGAUGGGCAGAGCCCGAGAGGAGUGGGUGGGGGAGGGGGAGUGAGGGGCAGUGCGGGAGGGAGGGGUGGGGGGUCACGCGUGACGUCUCUGGGCCGGCAAUUCAAGCUCCAGCUGGCGCAGCUGAUGAAGACGCUCUCCGCCAUGCAGCCCCACUACGUGCGCUGCAUCAAGCCAAACGCCGCCAGCCACCCGGCUGUCUUCGACUGGCUCUCCGUGGCCAGUCAGCUGCGCUCCGGGGGGGUGGUGGAGGCCAUUCGAGUGUGCUCUGCCGGCUUCCCAUCGCGCCGCCCAUUUGGUGACUUCAUCGAACGCUUUGCCCUGCUGCUGCCCUCCGACUCCCCUGCUGCUCUCAAGCUCUCAACGGCGUCGGAGCCUGACAUUGUGAAGCUCUUUCUCACCAAUGCCAAUCUGACAGGCUGGCAGGUGGGGCGAACCAUGGUGUUCCUGCGUGCGGGGCAGCUGCAGGCGCUGGAGGCGUGUCGGUCGCAGCGUGUGGACGCGGCAGCAGCAACCAUCCAGAGGGCUGUGCGGCGCUACCUGUGGCGCAAGCAUCGCAUGCACGCCACCAUUGCCAUUCAGAGCGCCUGGCGAGGCUACCUCACCCGGAGGAUAAUGAGAGUGCAUAGAGAGCGCAGGGCAGCAGUGCGCAUACAGAGCUGGUGGCGCGGGCUGGUGGUGCGCUGUGGCUUCCUGGAGCUGCGCCGCGUGGCCAUCCUGCUGCAGCGCCGCCGCCGGGGGCAGAUGGCGCGAUAUGCGGAGGAGUGGCAGCAGCAGCACUGGGCUGCUAUCACCAUUCAGGCGCACUGGAGGGGGUACCGCAGUCGCCGCCCCUGGCAACUGCUGCAGCAGCACCUGAGGAUGAGAGUCGCCAGAUUGAGGCUCAACCGCCUCAAACGGGCAGCGCAGCAGCAGGCGGAGCUGGCCCCGCCGCGCAAGAAGUUGGACAUGGCUGUUGAUGCCAUCCGCCUGGCCGUGCUGCGCGUCAUGCGGGACAAGGCAGAGCGUGCGAGAGCAGCAGCAGAGGAGUCAGUAUCCGCCCUGCAGAGGGAGCUGGAGGUUCGGUCCCGCCACGCCCAUGCCCUCGACCGAGACCUCCGAGCCACCCGCUGCGACCUGGAGAUCCGAACCUCCGAAGCCGAGGCUCGGAUCGCCGAACUUGAGGCGGAGGCUCGGGAGGCAGACCGUCAGCGACGGGAGUGGGAAGCUCGGGCGAGCGAGCAGGAGGCGGUUGAGAGGGAGGUGAGGGAGAGGAGGAGGGAGGUGGAGCAGUGGAGGAGGGAGGCCGAGGGGAAGGAUGCGGAGAUUAGGAGACUGAGGGAGGAGUUGGAGGUAGUGAGGGGGAGGCUGCGGGAGGCUGAAGGGCAGGUGAUGGGAUUGAAGCAGGAGGUGAUGGUUGUUGAAGGGCGGGUGGAGUUAAUAAGGGAGGAGGCAGAAGGGGCUGAGAGGAGGGCGGAGGAGGAGAGAGCACGGGUGGAGGCAGCGGAAAGAAGGGCCGAGGAGCUGAUGAGGCAAGUGCAGGAGAUGAAGGCAGAGCUAGAUGAAUCCGUGGCUGCUCUCGCUGCUGCUGCCGCUGCCGCUGCUGCUGCUGGUCACGCCUCUGGUGAUGCCUCUGCUGGUGCUUCUGCUGCUGUUGGCAGGCCUGUGCCUGGGGUGAUCCCAGGGCAGAUGAUGAUCGAGUGGCACAGUGGGGACCCCAGCAGGGCAGAGCAGGCGGGGCGGGAGCGGCAGCGGGACGGGGAGAGGGAGAGGGCGGCGGUGUCGGGCCUGGCACCGCCGUCAGUGGUGUCAGGCGUGGAGGAGACGUCGUCCUCAGUGGUGCUCAUGCGAGGGGAGGAGGGCGACACUCUCACCGACAUGAUCAGCGAGCGCACCCCAGAUGGAGUCACCCCUGAUGACGACGGAUACACCUACACCUACCUCGUCUCCCCUCCUCCCCCACCUCCCCCUCCGCCCCUUCCGCCGCAUACCACUGCAGCAGCAGACAACCCUACCCCAGGAGGCCUCUCCCCGCAGCUCCCGGACUUCCCCCCGCAGCUCCCGGACUUCCCCCCGCCGCCUCCUCCAGCCUACCGCAGCCCGCCGGUGGGGAUGAUCGUGCCGCCGCGCUGCCACUCCGACCGCCUGUGCUCCUCCCCCUCCACCUCCAGCAUGGGCUCUUUGGACGAAGACUGGAGCCUCAGGGAGGGGAUGCUGGGAGGUGCCAGGCCGUCAAUGGCAAUGCGCCUGGGAAUGGGGGGAACGGGGCCACCAGGGGGGUUCCGGGGUGGGCCUGGGGGAGGUGCGACCUGGGGCGGGUUUUACGGCCGGGCAGGGAGCGCUGGAACGCCUUCAGUGGUGAGCUUCGGCGGGGGAAGCGGGGGAGGGUCGGGCGGAGCCGGAGCAGGAGGGAGUGGUUCGGCACCGAGCCUGCACCAGAUGAUAGCCUUGGCGGAGAAGGAUCGGGACAUGGCGGCGCGGCUGGGAGCAGAGGCGGACUGGCUGAGAGGGGCGUACAAGGAGACACGGCAGGAGGCGAGUGUGGCGCGGGCGAGGGCGCGACAGGCGGAAGCAAGGAUGGAGGAGGUGAGGCGCGAGCUGCUGCAGUGGCAGGCUCUGGCGGCUGAGCUGCAGCAGCAGGUGCACUCGCUGCAACGACAACUCGACAGCCUGCAGGCGGGGAAGAAGGAGCACAUGGAGGGGCCAGGGGCGGCAGGGACGAGGGGCAUUGCACAGGAGAGGGGGCGAGGCAGGGAGAGGGAGAGGAGUGGGCGGCCGGGCAUUCUCACUCGCCGCCUGCUGCAGCAGCAGCCGCAGUAUGGCGGUGGGGGUGGGGGUGGUGGCAGUGGAAUGGUGCCCUCGUCUCCUGUAUCGCCCACGGCAGGAGCCAUGUCUGCCUCUGCUCCCUCCUACUCCUCCCAGGUAAGCCAUGGCCACACCAUGCCAUCUGCUCCCAUUGUCAUUUCGCUAUCAUUCCACUGUCACUUCACUGGGAUUCCACUGAAUUCUCCCUCCAUCCCUCCCUCCCUCCCUCCCUCCCUCCCUCCCUCCCUCCCUCCCUCCCUCCCUCCCUCCCUCCCUCCCUCCUUCCCUCCCUCCCUCCCUCCCUCCCUCCCUCCCUCCCUCCCUCCCUCCCUCCCUCCCUCCCUCCCUCCCUCCCUCCCUCCCUCCCUCCCUCCCUCCCUCCCUCCCUCCCUCCCUCCCUCCCUCCCUCCCUCCCUCCCUCCCCUUUCCACAUCCACAGGUGCAGUGCAGUACCUGCUGCGCUACGUGGUACGACCGCUUGGUUUCACCCCCUCGGGCCACUCAGUGCCUGCCUGCUUCCUCUUCACCAUCCUCCGCUUCUGGCCGCACCUCUCCUUCCACGCCCCUCCUCCCUCUUCUACCACCACUGCCAACACCACCAACGCUUUCUCGACUGCACUACCCAGCAACCUCCCUAGCACACCCACAGCAGCAGCAGCGGCUGGUGCUUCAGCCGCCCCUCCCUUCCUCCCCCCCUCCACCCCUUUCUCCCCCUACUCCCCUUACUCCCCCUACUCCUCCGCCUCCUCCCUCCCCUUCUCCUCCCUCUCCCCCUUCUCCUCCCUCUCCCUCUCCGCAUCCCCCAUCCCGCCACACGACGAGGUGCUAUCAGCCAUCCGCACGGCCCUGCAGCGCUCAGCAGGGAGCCUGGAGCGCCUGGCGUAUUGGAUCUCCACGCUUGUUGCCCUGCACGCCCUGCUGCUGGGGGGGCUUAAGCCCGCCCGCUGGCAAGCCAUGGCUGCUGCGGCGGCGGCAGCGGUGGCGGGGGGAGGGGUUGGGGGAGGUGAGAUGGAGGCGGAUUCGCAGCAGGCGAAGGGGCGGGCGGAGGAGGUGGUGGGUUCUUCUGCUGUUGCGUCUCCAACGCUCAAAGCUCCUGCAUCUCCCAGUGAAGCUGCAGCAGCAGCAGCUUCUGCUGCUGAUGGGUUCACAGCCGCCACUGGCGCCAGUCCCACUACUGCUACUGCUAGAAUCCCUGCCAGGGCUACGUCUGCCGGGAGCGCUGUGGGGGCAACCAACCCAGCAGCAUCAAGUAGCAGCAGCACGUCUGGCAAUCGCAGCAGCAUCAAGGCUGCGGCCUCUUUCUUCAGUGGGCUCUUCUCCUCCCGCUCCUCCUCCUCCUCCCCCGCCCCUCCCUCUGCUGCUUCUGCUGCGCCUGCCGUGCCGCCUCCGUCCCGUCCACCCCCUCGCCCCACCCAGAACAACAACCCUCCGCAGCACUCCUAUCCCCACCAUGCUCCCGUACCUCACUCGCUCCAUGUGGCCACAGCUUCUACUGCUGAACCUCCUUCCACCACUGCUAGUACCGCCCCCAAUGCUUCUCUCAAUGCCGCUUCUGGUGUUGCUACCACCGCUCAUCUCCCAGGAGCCCCACCGCCCUCCUCCUCCCUUCCCACCGCUUCCUCCUCUCCUGUGCCUGCCUCUGCCUACGCUGUUCCGCGCGCCGGCACCACCAGCCUGGCGUGUGCUCCCACGGGGCAGGACGCUGAUUCUGCUGCACCCGGACCCACUGGCUUGUUCGCACUACCAGCGGAGACCAUGCUACUAGCACACAAGGUGGACGCGUGUGUGCAGCAUGCAGUGGGGCUAUUCACGCACCACUGCACCUCGCAAGUCGCUGCCCUCCUGCAACCACCUCCACAGCAGCCGCAAUCACAAGGAAAUGAGGGGACGGCAGCAGAAACAACACCUGGAAGGCGGGGGAGCACGGCAGGCGCAUUGCCCAAGUUCCCGAGCGUGGUUCUGAAGGAGCACGUGGGCAGCACGUGGAGCAGCGUGGUGGGGGUGCUGCGGCGGGCAGCACUAGUGCUGUUGGAGAACCAGGUGCCGCCACCCGUCAUCCAGAGCGUGCUGAAGCACCUCCUCGCCUUCAUCAACGUGCGCGUCUUCAACAGCCUCAUGGUGCGCAGCACGUGGUGUCCCUGCACGCACAGCAACGGCAAGCUGCUGUGCGACGCCCUCUCCCUGCUCAACGUCUUUCUGGAGGAGCUCCCCGAGGUGCUCUGGGAGCCGCUGCACGCCCACAGAGGGGCAGGGAUGGAUGGUGGGAAGGGGGAUGAUGGGAGAGAAGGGGAAGAGGAGGGAGGAGAGGAGGGGGGUGAGGGGGAGGGGAGUGAGGAGGAGGAGGAGGAUGCGGGGCAGGCGAAGAAGGCUGUUUGGCGGCACUUGAGGCAUCUGCAGCAAGCCGUGUCGCUGUUGGCCAUGGAGCACAAGCCCUCAUGCUCGCUGACACACCUGCGCUCGCUCUGCCCGGACCUGAACGCGAACCAGCUGGUGCAUCUCUGUGUGUGGUACCAGGAUGACUGCUACAGCACGCAGGGACUGCCCGCUGCUGUUGUCGACCAGCUGUGGGGGGAGGUGGACGAACGCACAGCCAUGCUGCUGCAGGAGAGCCCCAG